UGAAAGCGGCAAAUUCUCACUUCCGGUCCAGGAUCUACCCGAGAAACAUGAGAAUAGUCUCAGGGGCAACAGGUAUGGACAACGGUCGGCUUGACGGGAAUCCGGUCGGUCCCAGUUGUUACAACCUAGUCGAGUGAAGUUGCCCAAUAUCUUUGCCAUCUCGUCAGUUGGGGUGUGCGUCUAUCCGGAGUCGAGCAGGUCUGGUCGGGUUUUAGGGCAUGCCUGGGCUUUGACAUCUCGAUGUUGCAAUCCAAUGCCUAGACGGAAGGAAGACGCUAGGGAUCAAGACGAAGCUGAUUCUCAUGUGCUCAUGAUCCCUGCUUCCGGGGGCAAACUUACUGGCUUUGAUCACACCAUGUACUACGACGUAGUGUGCCUGUCUCACUGCUUUGGGGAGGGGGAUGGCAGUGGAGUUCGAGAACACAUGGCGGCGAAUAUAAUCAUCUGUCAUACUAAAAACGACGCCGUUAGUGGCAGAGCAGCAACUAACGCCUUAUAUAGGACCUAUAUAGGUCACAACAUCAUCGCAGAGACAUCUCACCCUUGCAAGUUACACGUGUAUGUACGGCCUAACAAUCCGGAUGGAGGGACGGCCCAAGCGAACCCCUGGGCCCUUCCCUCCGUCCCCAAGACCACCCCUCAACACAUGCAGUUCGAAUCCCUCACUGCGACUUCCCACGGCGGGGGUUUCCAAUGUUGGCUAGAGAGGCACGGCACGUCAGGCACGCCUGAUGCCUACUUGCACACCGAUGCCGGGCCGCAACGACAGGGCGACAUACAGCCGCCGGCACGUAGAGAGUCGACCGGGCCAGCCACGCUGGGGGGGGGAGGGGCAGAAGCAAGGGGACUGACUCUUUACUGGCAUCCACCCUACUGUCCUGUGUUCUGCUGCCUUAUCAUGAAUCCUUCGAUGGACUUGGGGCCCGCGAUGGAUUAUAUAAAGUCUUGGCGGAGGGCAUCCACUCAUUUCUUUCUCCGAGGCUAUAGCGUGAGCCUUGAUGCUCCAUGGCAGUGAUAGCGGUACCCCCUUGAGCCGUAUCUCUUUGCCAAUUCCGCACGGGACCUAUUCCUCCAUCCUUCGGUCCUGCUGUGGGGAUGCAUAAUAUGUAGACAGGGAUCCGGGGCAUCAUUGGCCAGGUUUCUGUCAACUGGUGUCGGACACCAUCAUCGCCUUCAUCAUUAUCAUCUGCCCCUUGAAACUUCUGCUAUCACGUUCACCUGAAGUGCG